UUCACUUUUUCGCUUCAAAAUCUUAUAAUAAUAAGAUUAAUUGAAAAAAAAAUAAGUAUUUAAUAGAAAAAAGCUUUGAAAUUAUGAAAUGAUGAAGAAGUAGGAGAACUAUGAUACAUCGUUGAAAUUGAAAUAAACAAACAUUUAAUAUAAUUUUGCAUUUAUUUAUUUCCAACAACUCACUACUCCGAAACCUCCAAAACCAAACAAAAACACAAUCAAUUCUUCAACCGAUUCAUUCAUUCAUCUUCUUCCUUUUCUCACAACCAAGACAGAAAAAUCAAUGGGUAAUCGUUUCAUUUGUAUGUCGAAAAAGGAUUCCAAAGAGGUUGGAUCAAGAAGCAAGAGAAUCGCUAGAUCACAGAGGAAGCUUGUUACCGAAGAAGAAUUGCAUCUUCAAGCAUUAUCCAUGGCACUUCAACAGCAUCAAUUGUCUCAGAGGUUUGAAGGCUCUAUGUCUAGGAGAAUUGGUUCAACUAGCUCUAGAAGACGCAAUUUACCCGAUUCUGUUCAACUCAACAACAACAACAACAGCAAACAGGAUCCAGAACUUCUGGUGAACAUUAAAACAAAGAAGUUUGUAUUAAUCCAUGGAGAAGGUUUUGGAGCGUGGUGUUGGUACAAGACUGUUGCGCUUUUAGAAGAAGUAGGAUUGCAGCCUGUUGCCUUAGAUCUUACAGGAUCUGGAAUUGAUCUCACAGACAGCAACGAUGUGACUACAUUGGCAGAAUAUUCAAAACCUUUAACUGUUUAUCUUGAAAACCUUCCCGAGGAUGAAAAGGUUGUUCUUGUUGGUCAUAGCAUUGGCGGUGCUUGCAUUUCUUAUGCAUUGGAACAUUAUCCACAAAAGAUCUCAAAAGCGAUUUUUCUCUGUGCUACAAUGGUGACCGAUGGUCAAAGACCGUUUGAUGUUUUCGCUGAUCAGCUAGGAUCAGCUGAACAGUUUAUGCAAGAAUCAAAGUUUCUGAUCCAUGGUAAUGGUAAAGAAAAGCCUCCAACAGGAUUUAUGUUUGAGAAAGAGCAGAUGAAAGGCUUGUAUUUUAAUCAAUCCCCAUCAAAGGACGUUGCUUUAGCCAUGGUUUCGAUGAGACAAAGUCCUAUUGGUCCAAUCAUGGAGAAGCUGUGUUUAUCUCCUAACAAAUACGGUACUGCUCGCCGUUUUUACAUUCAAACAUUGGAUGAUCGCGCUCUUUCACCGGAUGUCCAAGAGAAGCUUGUGGGGGAAAAUCCACCAGAAGGAGUUUUCAAAAUCAAAGGCAGUGAUCACUGUCCAUUCUUCUCCAGGCCACAAUCUCUUCACAAGAUUUUAGUGGAAAUAGCUCAAAUUCAGUAGUUUAAUCAUCAUCAAUACAUGAUUUGUUACUUUAUCUAUCUCACCAAGUUAAAGAAUAGAGUUCAUAUGGCCCAAUUGAAAGAUGAAUUUUAUUAUAUUUUUUAUAAUCAUGAAAUAUAAUAGAGGAAGAACAUGAUUUUAUUGGCAUUGAGACAAUGUAGAAUUCAAUUAGUGAAAGACUACUACUAUAAACUUGUAUUUUAUUUUUGGUUCAUAUGUACAGUAAAUAGUAAUAGUAAUAUUAACUUUUGUUCUUUUGGUUU